AUGGCCGACGACUCCCUCUCCAUCUACGACGAGAUCGAAAUCGAAGACAUGACCUUUGACCCCGCGCUCCAAAUCUACACAUUCCCCUGCCCCUGCGGUGACCGUUUUGAAAUCGCAAUCGACGACCUACGUGACGGCGAGGAGAUCGCCGUCUGCCCCAGUUGCAGUCUGAUGAUUAGGGUGAUUUUCGACGUGGCGGAUCUCCCAAAGGCAGAUUAA